UACUAAAAAUACUUUUUAAAAUCUGCCAAAUUAAAUGUUUUAAUGUUAUUGGGCCAAAGUGCUUGAUCCGGUCCGCUUAGAAUAACCUAACCCUGCUUCUGCACGUAUUUAUACCAAUUCAUCCGAUCUUCCAUCUCAGGCCUACGGUCGGACGAAGUCUACAUAGCGCCAUUCGCAUCCUCAGGUGAGAAGAAAUGGUCAAGCAUAACAAUGUUGUGCCAAACGGGCACUUCAGGAAGCAUUGGCAAAACUAUGUCAAAACCUGGUUUAACCAACCUGCCAGAAAAACCAGGAGACGCAAUGCUAGACAAAAGAAAGCUGUUAAGAUUUUCCCCAGACCCACUGCUGGUCCACUCCGUCCACUUGUCAAUGGUCAGACACUGAAGUACAACAUGAAAGUCAGAGCAGGAAGAGGGUUCUCACUUGAAGAGCUGAAAGCUGCUGGUAUUCCCAAGAAGUUGGCCCCAACCAUUGGUAUUGCAGUGGAUCAUAGGCGAAGGAAUAGAUCUCUUGAAGGCCUGCAGACCAAUGCCCAGAGGCUCAAGACCUACAAAGCCAAGCUGGUGAUCUUUCCAAGGCGUUCUAACAAAUUUAAGGCGUGAUUCAACUCCUGAGGAACUUGCAAAUGCAACACAAGUCCAGGGUACUAUUUUGCCUAUUGUCCGGGAGAAGCCUACUGUUGAAUUUGUCAAGGUUACUGAAGAGAUGAAAUCGUUUAGAGCUUAUGACAAAUUACGUCGUGAGCGUGUGAAUAAGCGUCACCAUGGUGCGCGCCUGAAGAGGGCAGCAGAGGCAGAAAAAGAAGAAAAGAAGUAAUCAGUCCAGCUGAUUAAUUAUUUACCGUUGUCUGUUUUGGAUUUCACCCAAAUCAACAGUUUUUGAAAUUUUCACUGGUUGUCAUUGAGGUUGUCUUUGUUGCAAUCUAAUCACAAUUUGUUAUUAUAAGAUGUUUUCAGUUGCUCUAGCAGUUUGACUGAGUUUAUAUUUUGUUGAAUUAAUGGCAAAAAUAUUACCUACAGGGUUUCAAUAGGCAAAAGUAUAACCAUUUUUUAACUUGACAGAAAAGUGACCGGCUUUCCACUGCUCUG